UCCCCAUCUAGUGGAGAGGUCGGGCACACUUGUUCUCUCUCGAAGAUGGCGUUGGUCAGGUUCGUGCUGCGGUCCGUGGUCGAGAUCCUUGUACUCCCGGUGACGAUUCUGCAGUACAUUGGAAUGUGGGAUCCGCUGUACAAGAGGUUUUUCCCGCAUGUCAUGUCCAGAGUCACGGUCACGCUGAACAAGAAGAUGGGCAAAGUUAAGAAGGAACUCUUCGACAAGCUGCCGGACUUCGCCAGUUCUUCGGGACUCACCAUCUUGGAAGUGGGCUGCGGCACAGGAGCUAACUUUCACUUUUACCCCUGGGGUUGCAAAGUCACUUGCGUCGAUCCGAACCCCAAUUUCGAGGGCUUCUUGCGCCAAAGCGACACCGAGAACAAGCACGUUAAGCUGGAGACGUUUAUCCAGGCUAGUGGCGAGGACAUGCACCAAGUGGCGAGUGGGUCGAUCGAUGUAGUGGUGUGUACCUUGGUCCUGUGCAGUGUCCGGAACAUUGACUUGGUGUUGAAAGAGAUUAUACGUGUGCUGAGACCGGGUGGUGCAUUUUUCUUCAUUGAGCAUGUAGUCGCUGAGAAAACAGGAUGGCUAAACUUCUUUCAACAUGUAUUACAGCCAGCAUGGCGUUAUUUUGGGGAUGGAUGCUCUCUGACCAAGGACACUGGGACAAACCUCGAGAAAGCCAAAUUCUCCGAGUUGAAUUUAAAGUAUACCACUGAGCGCUUAGCAUUCAAUUUGAUUCAUGACCACAUUGUUGGAUAUGGAGUUAAAUGAGAAGCUAGUCUCUGUGAACUCCAUACCUAAGAUGCAUGGUCUUUGUCAAUUAAUGCUACAGCUAUCAUUGCAAUAAUAUCAUAUCAGUUACAGGUCCUCCCCAGGUUACGGCAGGGUCUCGAUCCUGAGAACUGUUUGUAACCCAAACAGUUCGCAAAUCGGAAAAAUAGGCCGCAAACCCAGUUCCCACCCGGCAGAAGAUGCCGGCAGGGGUGGGUUGUCCCAAAGGAACAGAUAGUCUGGAGAACCAUUUUAAAUCUCGUUUUGCCAUUAUUAAUAAUAAAGCUGAUAUGAACAAAUUCAGCCUGAGCCUAUCUCAGGCUAAUAAUGACAUCCUUUAGAAGAUUUUACUGCAGACGAGGUUUUAAAUGCUAUUGACAGUUUUGAAAAGGACACCGCUGCUGGCAGGGACGGUGUGCCUCCAGAUAGGAUUCACACAAUGGACAUCAACGUGUUAACUAGAACGUAUUCUUCUUGGGUUUGAUGUGCUAAAAUUCCAGCCAGCGUCAAGAACAGUUGCCUGCAGCCCCGCAGCAGCCGGCAAGUCAUCUCCCCGGUCUCCCAAACGCUCGCUCAUAUGUACGGGUUGUACACAAGUCGGGCGUCCAUAACCUGGGGAGGACCUGUAAUCGUAAUUGUUUAGAUGAAUUUUAAGUGAGUCCUUUCAAAUUGUUGUACCAUGUGUAGGGAAAUUUCUGUAUAAACACUUGUUUUCUCAAAUGUAAUCAAAUGAAGCUCAUAUCCACAGAUAGCAUCGCAUAGAAACUUUGUUGGCAUUGAUAUUUGAUCACUUCAAUAAAUAAUUACCCCAA